AUGGCUUCGCCAACGCUCGAGGGGUCGGUAAAUGCCAGCGCCAACCUCGAUAGCUCCAAGCGUCCGGCCUCGUCUUCCUCCCGACCCUCGUCUUCGUCGCGCUCUUCCGAUCUUGGGGAGCGGCGGCCGCACGCAAAGCUGCAGAUUCCUGCUGGUUUACAAGCGCGAAUGGGCAAAAAGACGAAUACUGUACAGGAAUUGAGGACGCAGGCUAUGGAGGGGGAGUUCAAAACCAAGCAUCUUGGGUUGUUGGGGGUGUUGGUGUGGAUACUGUUGCUGCAUGUUGCUGGUAUCUUCUUCUUUACAAAAGGCUUCCUCUUGACUCGAAUGGUUUUGGACAACAAAUCGUCUUGCGAAGUACUCCCGUUUGACGACUCGUCGCAUGCGCCGUCGUGGACUGGUGGGAAUAGUGAUAAGGGUUGCUGGCACCAGAAAUCGUUCGACAAGGCUAUUGUGAUUAUCAUUGAUGCGUUGCGCUAUGAUUUCACCGUCCCGUUUGCGCCAAGUGUGGAAAACGAACAAGCUCAUCUGUUCCACAAUAAUAUCCCCGUUCUCUACGAGACUGCGGUCAACCAACCGGAGAAAGCGUUCUUGCUUCCUUUCAUCGCGGAUCCACCGACCACGACGCUCCAGCGAUUGAAGGGUCUGACCACCGGAACUCUGCCGACCUUUGUCGACGCAGGGUCCAACUUUGCGGGAACGGCAAUUGACGAGGAUAAUCUGGUUGCUCAGUUGCGCACGGCAGGCAAGAACUUGGUCCAGCUUGGUGAUGACACUUGGCAUUCUCUGUUUCCCGACUACUUUGACGCCAACCUGACGCGACCUUUCGAUUCGUUCAAUGUGUGGGAUCUGUAUACUGUUGACAAUGGAGUUACCGCCAAUUUGUUCCCGCUUCUGCACCCGGACAACGCUACUCGAUGGGACGUGAUCUUCGGUCACUAUCUUGGUGUCGACCAUGCUGGUCACCGAUAUGGACCUGACCACGCAGCAAUGGGCGAGAAACUCCGGGAAAUGGACCAAGUCAUUCGGAACCUUAUUGAGAAGGUUGACGACGACACACUACUAGUCGUUAUGGGAGACCACGGAAUGGAUUCAAAGGGCGACCAUGGUGGUGAAUCAAACGAUGAAGUCGAUGCAGCUUUGUGGAUGUACUCGAAGAAGGGUAUGUUUGGCCGCACCAGCACUGAGACUGCUCUUCCGCCCAAGUUCUCUCGGGAGCGAUUUGUUCCUCAGAUCGACCUCGUGCCGACCUUGUCCUUGCUUCUCGGCAUGCCAAUUCCGUUCAACAACCUUGGAUCUCCGAUUGAGGAAGCUUUUGCGGGAACGUACGGCAAUGAUGUGAAGAACUUGGUUGCGGUUAACCGCUUGACGUCUGCGCAGAUCAAGAGAUAUCAGCAUGAAUACGCAGCAGCUCGAGGUGAAGACCACAGCCUUUCUUUGGGAUCCCUGGAGUUCUGGCGCGCGGCGGAGCAGACGUUUGGAAAGGCCAAGUCGAACACGAUACUCCGUUCCGCGUAUGAUUCGUACAGGCAGUACCAGCGGGGUACGCUGGAAAUCUGCCGCGGAUUGUGGGCGAACUUUGACGUGCCAAGUAUGAUACAGGGGGUUCUGAUCUUAUUCUCAGGUUUGGCGUUGUUGGUAUUCUAUGCCAGAGGUCUCAAACUGAAUAGAACGGAGCUUACCAGUUCAUUGCUUACGCUCGCCGGCGCCGGUGCCGGCUUGGGUGGUGCAGUUGGAGGAGCCAUUGGUGUCCUUGGAGUUGUCGACAUGCCGAUCAUCGAGUCAUCCGCUCUGUUUGCUGCUUUCAGUAGUAUCGUUGGUGCCGCAUGGUCGAUCUUUGGAUCUCAGUUGUCGCUUCCUUUGCCAAACUCCUUGUGGGGAUGGUUGUCGCUCAUCUUUACCGUGUCCCAGUCAAUUGGGUUUGCUUCAAACUCGUAUACGAUCUGGGAGGAUGAGAUUUUGUUGUUCUUCCUAUCCACUUUUGGUGUCGUUGCGGGCGUGUCUUCGAUGCGGCAAAAGGCGACUCAGGAUAGGGUUCUCGGGCUUUACCACUCAGUUCUGUUUGUGCUCUUGGGAAGACUGGCAUCGUUCUCGCGUCUCUGCCGUGAGGAACAGAUGCCAUUCUGCCGGUCCACAUACUAUGCGUCAGCUACGUCGUCGACAUCCGCACCGUGGCAGCUUGCAAUCCCGUUCCUCGUGACGCUCAUAAUUCCCGCCGUCAUUAAGGCAUACUACGCUGGCUCGAAAUCCUACGAAGGCACAUCAUCGCUAUGGAUUGGUUUCGCGUUCCGUCUCGGACUCCUCAUCACAUCUGUAUUCUGGAUUCUCGAAGGCGCAGACGACGGCGGCUGGUUCAACGUGAGCAAAGAAACCCUCAAGUCCAGCCGCAUGUUCCUGGCCCAGUUCGUCUUCGCCAUCGCCUUCGGAGCCGGCACAACGGCCUAUAUCUACUCUAAGCCCUGCGUCAGCAUCAGCGUCAGCAAAGGCAGCCCCGAUCCCGAAAAGCCCGCCACGCCGUCCGGCCAGCAACCUGGCCGCACGACAGUCACAAUCCUCGGCUUCGGCAACGUCUACGGGACCCGCUUUUUCUUCCUAGUGGUCAACUUCGGUCUCGCCGUCAUCCUCAUGCAGAAGCCAAUGGGCCAAGGCGCCAUCGCCCUGCUUCUCUGGCAAAUCCUCUCCCUCCUCGAAAUCCUCGACACAAACGCCCUUGCCACGACCAACGUCUCCAUCGGUCCGAUUGUCUUAGGCCUGCUAGGCUCCUAUUACUACUUCAAAACCGGCCACCAAGCCGUCCUCUCCACCAUCCAAUGGGAAACAGCCUUCAUCCCCCUCUCAACAGUCAAAUACCCCUGGUCGCCCCUCCUCGUCAUCCUAAACACAUUCGGCCCCCAAAUCCUCUCUGCAAUCGCUGUUCCCCUCACAGUCCUCUGGAAACGCCCUCUGCAGGUGCAGGAACCCGGUAAAUCCGAUAAUCCCUCCCUCCGCAUCCUCUCAGACGUCAUCCAAGCCGUCACAACGCAUAUCUUGUAUCUGGGGACUAUUAAUCUGGCAACGACGAUGUGGGCUGGUCAUCUUAGGAGACAUCUUAUGCUGUAUCGGAUUUUUAGUCCCAGGUUUAUGAUGGGCGCCGCGGUGUUGGGAGUUGUGGAUGUGGUGCUUUUGGGGGUGGGCGUUUUGGGAGUGAGAUGGUGUGGGUUGAGUGUGGGGGAGGUUUUUGGGUGGUAG